AUGACAACAACUUCAUUUGUCGGCGACACGAAAAAGGUACGGAGCCCAACGCACAUGAUGGAAGCAAGCACAGGCCACGAUCACGAUGGCAUGCACAUGGGAGACGGAGACGAUACGUGCUCUAUGAACAUGCUAUUCUCAUGGUCAUACAAAAACACUUGUAUUGUCUUUGAAUGGUGGCAUAUCAAGACCUUGCCUGGGCUAAUUUUAAGUUGUUUAGCAAUUUUUGGGAUGGCAUAUCUUUACGAGUAUCUAAAAUACUGCAUCCAUAAAAAACAAUUGUCGCAGAGAGCAUUGCUGCCUAAUCGUUCUCAAGUUAAGAUUAAUCAAGCCGACAAAGUUUCCAAUAGCAUUCUAUAUGGCCUACAAGUUGGAUUUUCGUUUAUGCUGAUGCUUGUGUUCAUGACUUACAACGGCUGGUUGAUGUUAGCUGUGGUAUGUGGAGCAAUAUGGGGAAAUUACAGUUGGAGUGCCUCGUACUAUCCUGAGAUAGAUGACAGUUCGCUUGCCUGCCAUUGA